AUGCCCCUCGGCUCCCAGGAGUCUCCUAUCAUGUCGCACCAUAACCCGACCUCCCCGCCCGACAGACUCGCGAGAAAUGGCCCAUCACCCAGUCUUAGCGGCUUGCAUAGCAGAGAGCCUUCCGUCACGCUGGCGCGAGGAAGACCCGCCGAUGCUUCCACUCGCAAUCUCUCUACCCUCCAAGCUCAGUCGCGAAGCCCUGGCCAAUCUCACUCCAAAAGCCCCGAGUCGAACCCCAGUCGAUUAGAAGGCGCUAUCGAGCGCAAGCCUUCGCUAUCUUCUUACGGACACCACCGGAAGGCCUCUAUCGUUCAUGGUAUUCAACACAUCCGAAAUCAGAGCUACAGUUCCACCGCAAGUCCGCUUAGUCCCGAGUCGAUUUCCUCCGCCGGGGUAGGCGCACUUUCUUCCAACUCAGAUGUGUCGCUCGCUAGUCGCGUAGAACAACCUGAGAUCUCAAUGUACGCGGGGAACGGUAACAAUGGCACCGCUCAUGGCCUUAGCACAAUUCAAGAUGACGAAAUCGGCCGCCCUGUGAAAGAGAAAAGUACGACACAGCAUAGUAUGCCUCCCAAUGGGGAGCGUCGGAGGGAUCGCUCCAAUAGCCGUUCUAACCCAAAAUUAGAGGCUAGAACAGUUGGCGAAUUCUCUAUACACCACCUUUUCAACCUGUUUGUGGCCCAUGCCGAUUCUAAAAUAAAUCAAAGCAUCAUCAUGGUCGGCGAAGUUGCGGCCCCCGUCGAGGCGGUUUGCGGCAAAGGCAAAGACCCGGUUUUUGACCAGCUCAUUUCUGCUUUGGGCCAUAUCUCUCGGCAGAAGCCAAAAAUUUUAAUCGAUACUAUCAUGUUGUGGAGAAAACGAAAAGGGGAGGCUGCUAAGAAGUCCCCCGCUCCGGAGAACAUCCCCAUGGUCCGUCGAAACACAGAGCCUAUCCAUGCAGGAAUCUUGGACAACGAAAACAAUAGCGAGAGCCCGCAACCCGAAACCCAUAAACAAGAAGAUAUCCAACUCGCCGAACGUCAGGCCACAGUGUCUGUUUAUCUAGUUUGCCGAGUCCUCAUCGAAAUAUACGAUCAAAGCUCUGUGGCCGCGAUUGGACCUGAUAUAGCGGAACGUUUGGAAGAUAUUGUCUUUGGGCAACUCAAGACGGUGGACCCAGAGCAAAUUGCAGCAUCGCCAUUACGGAUGGCAAAUUGGAGAAUAUACGGGCAGCUUUUGGGGAAAAUGAGCGAAAUUAGCUUCACAACCGUCGCUGCGCGCUUCUUCAUCGAGCUGGAACGUUAUCAGAAAGAAGCCGCAGUACGAGGUCAGUCACGAGAGAUGGAUGCCAAAGCAGAGCUUUUGAUCCUCGGCAUGAGGGACAUCAAUAUAAAAACGUAUCCGGAAGAUGCGUGGACCAGGACCUGCGAUUUCAUGCGCUCACUCGCUCGUCUCUUCGUGAACUCUCAUGGCCAACGAGUGAAGCAAGCAUAUUGCUACAUUAUCGAGAAAGUUUUACGUCUAGUCGCCGCAAACCCGGCUUGUGAUCUGGCCCAUCCACGAUGGAAAGAAUUUCUGGAUUUGAUUACACCUCGUUUAUCAGAAAUGCUAGCUAAGCCUCGCCAUUGGAUGACCGUCUUUCCCAUAUACACCAUCUUGCUCUGUGUUUCUUCCAAGGAUGCAUUUUCUAGUCAAUGGAUUUCCUUAGCCCUUAGCUUACCCACGCGGCUAAAGGAUCGACCUACCCGAGGAUUGGCACUUCAAUCAUUGUGCUGGUUGCUGUGGACAUAUCUGUUUCGGUAUCCUGAUCCUCCAAACGUCACUCUCCGGAGGGUUGAGGAGGUUAUCAAAAUCGCUUUGCCUCCAGGGAAGAGGACCUACCUCACAACCGAACCAGCUGUGGCGGAGCCUUUGGUUCAGCUAAUUAGAAUGACUGGAUUCAAGCUUCCAGAUAUGUGCUUCCGAAAUAUCAUAUUCCCACUGAUAAACUCCGAUCUCUUCAUGUCAGGGAGGGAACUCAAAAUCGAACAAAUGGAGCCCGAGAAAAUGGUGAUAGGAAUCAGGUCAUUUCUCGCCAUCAUGACCGAUUUAGAAAAUGGCGAUCAACUAUACCCGCCCUUCCCAGUCGGGCCUAUCUCAACACACUUUGUCGACAUCCCUAACUUCAUUCUCCCUCCACGACCAUAUCUAUUGGCAGACCCUGAAUUCAGCCUAGACGUGAACAGCGAAGCCUUGUCGCGACCUGUGAACACCUCUAAACUCAACGAAGUGGCAAAAGGCUAUUAUAUACGGUUUUGCGAAGUCCUUGGCAAGAUCACUUUGCUGUGCGACAACACCUUUGGCGGCCAGGCGGCACUUGACGAAAAGUUUAGCGGCUCUACACCCAAGACACCCAUCUCAGAAGCUUUCAGCUUUGGACGACGCGACCGCGACGACCAUUCGACAAUAAUGGACCAGAGACAAAGCUUCUAUGAUCUUCUACAUGUAGCCGUGCAGACGAUUCCAAGGUGCCUAUCGGAUCACAUCCCUUUCAAUUCUCUCAUCAACCUUCUCUGUACCGGAACUGCUCAUGUGCAGUUCAACAUUGCCAGGUCAUCUGCCGAGUCUUUAAAAUCGAUUGCUCGCCAAAUGCACGCCCAGCAAGUCAUCAUGGGGUUUACUCGGUUCAUUUUCAACUUUGAUGCAAGGUAUUCGACAAUGUCAGAUGAAGGAAUGCUAGGACCUGGUCAUAUUGAAUCGACUUUGACUCUAUAUGUUGAGCUUUUAAGAAUCUGGAUCGAAGAAAUCAAACGGAAGACAAAGGGAGUCGCAAGUGAUCAUCCAGAAAGCAGCAUUGGCUCUGGCACCCGAGCAUUACAGCUUGAUUUGUCCGGUGUCCUGGCGUAUGUCGAGGAGAUUGAAGCGCACGGCUUGUUUUUCCUAUGCUCUCAAUCACGAAGAGUGCGUGGUUUUGCAAUAUCUGUGCUACGCCUAGUCACCGAAUUUGAUAGUGCCCUGGGCAAAGAGAAUACGAGAAUUAUUCGAAUUUUGGAGGCAGAUUCUCACCAAAUCAUGGACUUGAACGAUGAGCAACUUACAGUUGCAGAAAGAAGUCGGUUACAAAAGGGCAAAAGGAGAAGCGCCUCGCAAAACACAUUAAUUGAAUUGUGUAACAGCGAGGUUUCAUACGAUUCUACUUUAUGGAUCAAAGUGUUUCCCAACAUCAUCCGCGUCACCUUCGAUACAUGCCCUGUUGCCAUUACUCUUGCCCGAGAGAUUGUCUGUGCAAGGCUCGUGCAUAUGCACAAGACCAUUUCUACUCUUGCCGAGAUUCCACGACAUCAACACUAUGCUUCUCUUGACGUCGUCCAAGGGAGGUCCUUGGGUAGGGCCAACACACCUGCAGAAAUCAUGAUUGAACAAUGGAAACUUUAUCUUGUAAUGGCUUGCACAACACUGAACUCUGUUGGCGCACAAUCUCAGAGCCAGCUAGCCAACGCUCAGCACGCUCGUAAAACUUCUAGAGGGACACAAACUGCACAAGACAAGAUUGGGUCUGCUCGAGCUUUGUUUGCCUUCGUGAUUCCCUUGCUAUCUGCCUCGCUGGACUCGAUUCGGGAUGCGAUUGUUGCGGCGCUGGGUUCGAUCAACAAAAACCUCUACCGCACCCUUCUCGAGUCUUUGCAAUAUGCAGUAACAACAUGCAACGAAGAGGCCAAACUCAGAAUUGGCACUCAUACUCGAACGCCUAGCAGUCCUCGCCGAAGCCGAAAGACUGAUCGUUUACGUACCGAGGUCACACACGUCUACAAGCUUACAUCCACAUUUCUCAAGGAACAAGAUGUUUACAGUGACGACUGGAUCGUUAAUAAUCUUGUUACCUAUGCAAAGGACCUGCGGAUUUUCCUGAGCGAUGCUGAAGUGCAAAUUGAUUGGGGAUUUCAGCGUCUGCGAUGCAAUUACUGUGGUUUCAUGGAAGAACUCUUCGAAGGUAUCAAUCGAACCCAAGAACCAUCACGCUGGCUGUCAUUUGAGUCCCGAAAAUCCGCUUUUUCAUUGAUGGAGGACUGGUGUGGGUAUUCGCCGAGUCAGAAGGAAAUUGCUCAACGCGAAGAGCAUAUGAGAAGAAUUGCCAUCGCUCAGCAACAGGAGACAGGCGAGUUGCGAAAUACCGCAGCAGCUAUGGAAAUAGAGAAGAAGAAUCUCCGGGUUGCAGCACUGAGUGCGAUGGCAUCACUGUGUGCCGGACCAAUUAGUACGACCACGGAAGGCGGUUCAAUACUCCAAUUUGAUGUUAGUCGAAUGUUGAAAUGGAUCGACAGCAUCUUUGAAACCAUGAGCGACAAGCUGCAUGCGAUCGGUCGACGAGCACUCAAAAAUUUGAUAAUUCAUAACAAGGAAUACCUCUACCUCCUUGAAAGAACCGUGGGAAAGUGCUACAUGUCCGAACCUAGGAAGACAUACACGUCGGAUCCUCACAAACCCCUUGAGAGCUAUUUUGAAGUCGUAGCACAGGUUCUCAUUGAGGAGCCUAAUUGUUCUCUUGCCUUUUGGACAAUCCUUGCCGCCGUUCUCUAUACAUUGGGGAACGAGAAACGGGAAAUUCGGAUGAAAUCCGCGAAACUCUUGCGUACUAUGGAAAAACGACAACAGAAGAGCUCUCGAUUGCAGGACUUUGAUAUCAGCAUCUCAGAUAAGACAACAGCUGUCUACAAGCUUGCUCAGUUCGAAAUAUCAAAACGACUCGCUUCGCGGCACUCGGACCUUGCAUUUGUGAUAUUCUCCGAGUACUGCAUGCAUUUUCGAACAUUCCCUCCUGACGGACAGCGAAAUAUCGUGACGGCAAUUUUGCCAUGGAUUCAGACGAUUGAAUUGCAAAUCGAUCCCAGCAAUCAGCUUACAGCCAAGUCCUAUAUGCUUCUUUCCAACCUGUUCGAAAUUACGAUUAGCCGUAGCAGUAUCUUGCCAAACGAAGUGCAAGCUCUUUGGCAGGCGUUAGCUACCGGCCCACAUGGGGGAAACGUGCAAGUGGUGCUUGACUUCAUCAUCGACCUGUGUCUGAACCGCAAAGAACAAAAUUUCGUUGAAUUUGCAAAGCAGAUUGUGGUCUUUCUCUCUUCAACCCCGGCAGGAUCCAAAGUCGUUGAGUUCUUCCUGCUGCAUGUCGCCCCGAAACAUAUGGUACAAGAUAAAAAAGAAUCAAUUGCCAAUCAACCUGAUGCGCGAGGCUUGCCUUAUGUUGCGGAUUUGGAUGAGAUUUUGCCGUUGGGAAACAAACAGACUGGCCUGUCGUUGGGUCAACUUUCUAUGAUAUUCCUCGUGGAUUUGAUGGUAGCCCCUGUUUCCCUGGCAAAAGGAGAUGUCGCCAAGCUGUUACAUACGGUGUUGAUCCUAUGGGACCAUUACAAUAUCACUGUUCAAGAGCAAGCAAGAGAGAUGCUGGUUCAUCUGCUUCAUGAGCUGGUUGCCUCCAAAAUACAGGAUGAGGCCAUCUCUGAGGGCCGACAAGGAAUUGAGGACUUUGUCGAGUCAAUCCGAAAGAGUGAAGCCUCAAUGAUUUGGGAGUAUGAGGAUAAUACCAGUAAAUAUGAAGAGGACGAGGGCGCAAAAGUACCGACAGCUAUGGCUCUUGUAACACGGGAAGUGGUCAGUUUCUUCAGUCUUACAUUUGACGACAUUGGGGAUCUUUGGUCAAAAGAAGCUUUGAGCUGGGCAACCUCGUGCCCUGUGCGGCAUUUAGCCUGCCGUUCAUUCCAAAUAUUCCGUUGUAUCUCGACCUCAUUAGAACCGAGGAUGCUGGCUGAUAUGUUGGCUCGGCUUUCGAAUACGAUCGCUGACAAAGAAACCGAUUACAAGACAUUUUCAAUGGAGAUUUUAACUACUCUGGAGGUGAUUAUUAGUUCACUUGCACCAGGAGAUCUCAUGCGAUACCCUCAGCUCUUCUGGACCACGUGUGCUUGUCUUAAUACAACCCAUGAGAUCGAAUUCAUCGAGAGUAUUGGUAUGCUGGAGAAACUCUUAGACAGGAUAGAUAUCAGUGAUGCGAAUGUGGUGGCAACCUUGAUUGAAAACCAACCUCCCCUAUGGCAUGGCGACUUUGUCGGGAUUCAGGACUUGGUUUACAAAGGCCUCAAGUCAUCAGAGGCGUUGUAUGGAACGCUCAAUCUCCUGCAUCGGUUGACGGCCCUGCCAGAUAAUGCCAUUGUUGGGAGUAGCAGCAGAAUGCUUUAUGCGAUGCUGGCAAACCUUCCCCACUUUCUUUAUCAAUUCGAUUUAGAAGUGCACGAUCCGAAAAUCCUGGAUCGGGCCAAUCUACUGGGUCAAAUGGCAGAACGAUAUGAGAUUGAAGGUCUGGCGGCGUGUCUGAUUGGACUGGCAAACUCGCAGUGGAAGAAAGAGCAGGACUUUUUACAACAUAUUGUUUCCGAAAUCCGAUCGCAUUGUUUCCCUCAACAAGAGGUGCAAAGUUUGAUUUUUGUCAUGGGUCUCUUGACAAACGCUACAACCUGGUUCCGGGUGAAGGUGAUGAGUAUCCUAUGUGCCUUGAUACCGGAAAUGAACAUGAGGCGUCCAGAAAUCACUUGUCACGGGCCAGACCUCAUCUCUCCUUUGCUGCGACUCCUUCAAACAGACCUCUGUCCGCAGGCGCUCAAGGUCAUGGACUACAUCAUGGAGGUCUCUGGUAAUCCGAACGAACGGCAACAUUUGCGAAUGAGCAUGGCAUCGUCAUCUUCUUCACGGGCGAUUCGAAAACAGUAUGACCAAGUCCAGAGUCUUUACGGAAUCCCGGAACCCACCGGAUGGUCGAUACCGAUCCCGGCAGAGCAGUCAAGCACGACUCGACACAACGUACACGCAGUCUUUUAUACCUGUGCGGAGGCGGAUCGCAUGGAAACGCAAAGGGUUGCAACCCCGGAGGUGGAAUUCCAUGCUGAUGAAUACGGCGAUUCGUACUUCCCGUCCAUGCGGGCGGAUACAAUGCAAUCUAUAGACACGCAAACAGACGGAAACAUGGGCGACAUUGUUCAGAAACUGGACAGUUUGGACGAUUUCUUUGAUGAGGAUGAUUCAUCAGACCCGUCGUUUGUGAUGGUCUCAGAGAUGCGUGGAUUUCCUGGCAAUUUCGCGGACGCGCCGGCCAGUCUUUAUGACCAACAGACGGCACCGAUCCUUCGCAAGUCUCUUGCGCGAACACCUUCCUCGUCGUCAUUCCACAAUGGUCUAGCGGAGACAUCGCGACCUCCGACUCGGUUGGAUGGCAUGUUGAAUCUUGGAACCCCAUCGGUUCCUCAAAGUACUAGUCCAGUGCCAGGCUUGGGGGCAACGAUCCGGCCGACGAUGCACAGCCGAUCAGUCACGUCCCCGGCCAAUCACCUGGCAAAUCACAAAUCGAGUCUUUCGACCACUAUUCCGACGAUGGAAGCGACCUUUUUCUCGGACAGCGAGGCAGACGAAGGUUUCUCGGACGUUGAUGAGCGUGGAGGACCGAUACCGACCUCUUCUCGUGGGCCGCCGUCGACGAUGGCGCGCAAGGGAUCAGAGACAGGCCCGUCCCUGGAGUCAAUGAUUCGCAGCGGCAUGCGGCGUCUUACUGGCGGCACGGCGUCUGGACGCGACAAGGAACGGCAACGCGAUCUCUUGCGAGCUCAACAACGAGCAGCGGUUCAGACAGCGAACUCUCCGCGCGUGCCCAAGGUGCCUGCCGAGUUUCUUACAGGUUCAGUGAACAGCCCAACCUCCCCAGGAUAG